AUGUCUGCUGCCGCUACCCACCACACCUUCCGCCUCUGGGCCCCCGAAGCACCCUCCGUCACCCUCGUCCUCGGCCCAGACGCCAAAACAGGCAAGUCCCACCCACUAAAGAAAACCGGCAACCCUUCCCCCGGCUGGUGGGAGGUCACCGUCCCCGGCGUCGAGCACGGCGCAGACUACGGCUUCAUCGUCGAAAAGAACAAGUACAACGUCGAGGCGCCCCUUCCGGAUCCACGCGCUGCUUGGUUGCCUGGAAGCAUCCACGGCCCCGCGAGACUGUAUGACCACUCCCGGUUCAAGUGGACUGAUCAGCGAUGGAGGGGUGUGCCUCUCGCGGGAUCCGUGCUGUAUGAGCUGCAUGUGGGCACAUUCACCAAGGCGGGGACGUUUGACGCUGCCAUUGAGAAGUUGGACCAUCUGGUGGAAUUGGGCGUCGAUGCGGUGGAACUGUUGCCUUGCAAUGCCUUCCCUGGCAAAUGGAACUGGGGAUAUGACGGGGUUGGGCUGUAUGCUGCGCAGGAGUCUUACGGUGGACCUGACGGCCUGAAACGGUUCGUGGAUGCUGCCCAUGCGAAGGGAUUGGGUGUUGUGAUGGACGUCGUCUACAACCAUCUGGGACCGGACGGAAACUACCUCGAGUGCUUUGGCCCGUACUUUAGCACCAAGAGCAAUUCCUGGGGCACGUCGGUGAACUUGGACGGUCCGUGGUCGAACGAGGUCCGGCGUUUCUUCAUCGACAACGCUUUGAUGUGGAUGCGCGAUUACCACAUUGAUGGGCUUCGACUUGACGCAGUCCACGCGCUCCUCGACACGAGCUCCACGCAUUUCCUCGAACAGAUCUCGACAGAAGUCCGCAACCUCGGCGCCCAGCUCCGCAAACCCCUAUGGCUCGUAGCCGAAUCCGACCUAAACGACGCGAAACUCAUCAGAAGCCAAGAAGUGGGCGGCUACGGCCUCGACGGCCAAUGGGCCGACGACGUGCACCACUCCCUCCACGCGCUCCUCACCGGCGAGCGCCAAGGCUACUACGGCGAUUUCGGCUCCCUCGCGGUGAUGGCCAAAGCCCUGACCGGCGGGUUCGUGCACGACGGCGAAUGGUCCUCCUUCCGCAAACGCGACUACGGCCGUCAGAUCCCGGACACCGUCCCUUCCUCCCGCCUCGUCGUGUUCCUCCAAGACCACGACCAGGUCGGUAACCGCGCCAUCGGCGACCGGAUCUCGGCCACAUGUAACGACGCCGUGCUGAAGAUCGGCGCCGCGCUCCUCCUCACCAGCCCGUUCACCCCGAUGCUGUUCCAAGGCGAGGAAUGGGGCGCCAAGACACCGUUCAUGUUCUUCACGAACCAUAACAAGGAGCUCGGCGAGGCGGUCAAGAAGGGGCGCAGGGCCGAGUUUGCGGAACAUGGCUGGAACACCGAGGAUGUACCGGACCCGCAGGACCCGGAGACCUUCAACCGCAGUAAACUGGACUGGGCCGAACCGACCCAACCCACCCACGCGAGCCUGCUCGACUGGCACAAGAAGCUGAUCAGGUUACGGAGAGAGGUCCCGGAACUCGCUGCCGUCAACGAGAUCCGAAAAGUAGACUGUGAGUACGACGAGACGGCGCGGUGGAUGGUUGUCAGGCGGGGCGGGAAGGUUGCGGUGGCGAUCAAUCUGGGGGAUGGGGAUGUGACGGUGCCUCUUGUGAGGCCGGCGCCGGGACAUGGGGCUGAGGCGAAGGAUUUUGAGGUGGCGUAUGAUGUGUUGCUGGCGAAUGGGAGGGUGGAGGUGAAGGGGGAUAAGGCGGUGUUGGGGAAGGAGUCUGUGGGUGUUUUUAGGUUGAGGAUUUGA